GCCCGGCCCCGUGCCCAAGAUGUCGACCAAGAACUUCCGCGUGAGCGACGGCGACUGGAUCUGCCCGGACAAGAAGUGCGGGAACGUGAACUUCGCCAGGAGGACGAGCUGCAACCGCUGCGGCCGAGAGAAAACCACCGAGGCCAAAAUGAUGAAGGCCGGCGGGACCGAGAUAGGCAAGACGCUGGCCGAGAAGAGCCGCGGCCUCUUCAGUGCCAACGACUGGCAGUGUAAAACAUGUGGUAAUGUGAAUUGGGCCCGAAGAUCAGAGUGUAAUAUGUGUAAUACUCCCAAGUACGCUAAGCUGGAGGAAAGGACAGGAUACGGAGGAGGAUUUAACGAGCGUGAGAAUGUUGAAUAUAUAGAACGUGAAGAGUCGGAUGGAGAGUACGACGAGUUUGGUCGCAAAAAGAAAAAGUAUAGAGGGAAGCCAGUUGGUCCAGCAUCUAUCCUGAAAGAAGUGGAAGAUAAAGAAUCUGAAGGGGAAGAUGAGGAGGAUGAGGAUGAAGAUCUUUCCAAAUAUAAAUUGGAUGAGGAUGAGGAUGAAGAUGAUGCUGACCUUUCAAAAUAUAAUCUUGAUGCUAGUGAAGAAGAGGACACUAAUAAGAAAAAGAAAUCCAAUAGGCGCAGUCGUUCUAAGUCUCGAUCUUCCCACUCACGAUCUUCAUCGCGCUCAUCCUCCCAUUCAAGCUCAAGGUCUAGGUCCAGGUCCCAUUCAAGAAGCUCUUCCAGCUCCAGAUCAAGAUCUCGCUCCAGCUCCCAAGAGCACUCUAGAUCUCGUGGGUCGAAAUCAAGAUCCAGCUCCAGGUCCUUGAGGGGGUCUUCAACCCCAAGGAAAAGAUCUUACUCAAGCUCUCGCUCCUCAUCUUCGCCCGAGAGAAGCAAGAAGCGAAGUCGCUCUAGAUCUUCUUCAUCUGGUGAUCGCAAAAAAAGACGAUCGAGAUCACGGUCACCCGAAAGACGCCGCAGAUCAUCAUCCGGAUCUUCCCAUUCUGGUUCCCGUACAAGUUCUAAAAAGAAAUAACGUAUUAAAGUUCACAAUUUAAAAAAAAAAAAAAAAAGAAAAGAAAAUCCAGUCAGUGCAUGAGCCAUAUUUUUAAGAAGUUGGUGUCUUACUUGGUCAGAAGUGCUGAAUCUGCUAGUAGAGGUGCAUGUCUGUCCUUGCUUUCUGGAAAAUUGCAGCUUUGUUUAUUCACAAGAAAAAGUGAGGUAGCAUUUUAAGCCAUAAACUCCCCAGAGGAGGUGUGAAGUUUUGCUGUUUGAGUAAGUUGUUUUCUUUCUUU